AUGCCUUUCAAUGAUAAAAAUGAAUAUGAACUAUCAGAGGAAUUUGUAUCGAAACUUAAAAAAUCAAUCUCGAAAUAUUUAUGUUUACAAGCGAAUGAUUGUAAAGAAAAAGAAUAUGAAGAAAUAGUCGACUUACUAUCUGUAAUAGACUAUGGAUUUUAUAAAGAACAAUACUUACCGAAUGUUGAUCCAAAUCUAACAUUUGAAGAAGAAAGAAAUAGACUAGCAGAAGCUAUAAAACAAUAUGCAUUUCCAAAUAUCUUAAAAGGAUUACGUGAACUUCGACAAAAACGAAUUAAACAUAAAUCCAAUAAAGAAAAUCAAGAUUGGAUCAAAUGUGAAACUAAAGAAGAUAAAAUUGUCCGAACAAUCUGGAAAACAUGGUGUCAUGAACGAGAAUGUCGUCCUCGUGCUGGUAUUAUCCUAUUAUAUUUUGAUACACAUGGUUUAGCAGAAAUUCUUCUAACAAAAUAUUAUAAAAAUAAUUAUAUUCAAUAUGGAUAUGCUAAAGGUAAAAUUGAACUCGGUGGAACUAUUUGGGAUUGUGCAGCUCGUGAAGGUGCUGAAGAACUUGGAUUGGAUGCUAAAAUUAUUUAUAAUCUGAUAAAGCAUAGUCAACCAAUAAAAAAGAAUGUAUUUAAUGUGCUCGAAAACUCAUCAAUUGAACAUUAUUAUUUUAUCAUUCCUGUACCCAAUAAAAACAUUGAUCUUAUACCAAAUGAAGAAGAAAUUCAUGAUAUUGUAUGGCAUGAUGUUUAUCAAUUACCAUGCUGUAAUCAAUGUCAAAUAAAAUCGCGAAUACAAUUGGAAGAUAAUUUCAAAGAAUCAAAUUACUUUAUGGUAACUUGUACCGAUCGAUAUGAUCAUCAUUCACUUGUUAAUGAUAUUUUGUUAUAUAUAGAUAAGAUGAAUGGAAAUCAGAUUGCUUCACAAAAAUACAAUAAUAUCCAUCAAACAUGUCCUCAUAAAUUCAAUUGA